AUGUCAAACCCAGUUAAAGUUUUCUAUAAAGGUGAUUCUCAAGACUUCGUUGUCUUUGUUGAAUCUGAAGAAAUUGCAUCAAAAUAUACUGAAGAUUCCACUAUACCUUUAGUUGAUGUUGUUGGUACUUUUAAAGUUUAUUCACCAGAAUCUGGUAGAGGUGUUGAAGGUGUAUUACAUGAAGCUUCAAAUAGAGAUUUAGAAAAUCAAUUUGGUAAAAAACCAGUUGAAGAUGUUAUAAAAUUUAUCAUUCAUGAAGGUACUUUCAAGAAUAAUACUAAAGUUGGUAAAAAACAAUGGGGUUCAACUAAUGAUUCAAAUGGUAUUAAUCAUUAG